AACACAGCUACAGCCACACAGCCACGCUCAAGAUGGAGGCGCCUCGACCCAAAGUAGAGUCCCAUAUGAUCUGGUCCAUCAUCACCACGCUUUGUUGCUGCCUGCCCCUGGGAAUAGGUGCCAUUGUCUGCUCCAGAAGGGUGGACAUGGCCAACUUGGACGGGGACAUGGCCCGGGCGGAGGAGGCAUCCAGGAAAGCCAAGAUCCUGAACAUCGUGGGCAUGGUGUUUGGAAUCCUUAUGAUCGCCAUCGUUAUCGUACUACAAGUGGUGCAGUUCAUGCACCUCAAGAACCUCAAGAAGAACUGACCCCAGUCCAGGCACAGACACACCCUGACACACGCUCGGAACGGAAUCCACCCCUCUCACCCUCUGCUGCAGCCCCUCCAACAUCAACAGUAUCGGUAUAAUCCUCCCAGUGUACUGCCAGUGAGCUUCACUGUAUGUUAAAUCUGUCUGCCUCACAGAUAGAGUAACAGGACAGGGUCUAUGCUAUUGAGUAAUGUUAACAUAAUAGUAGAUGUUGCAUGGCUGGGUUUGACUUUAAAAAUACAUGACUGUGUGUUUACAUUUGAAAUGUGUUUUAUAAAUGCUUUGUAAACCUAUGAGAUAUUACAGUUGAAGCAUGACAAUCAGCUUAAUGAAUGGAUGAGUUUAGUGAAUAAUGGAUGAGCUCGGGACAAAAUGGCCUCUCUCUUCAGUGGUGCUUCUGGCUGAAAUAUAAAUCUGUUUCUAUACCUGCAAUAAUUUAUAUCUGGGUGAAAUCUGAAGUGAUAUCACCAUUAUCAUUGUUUGUUUUCUUUUUUUCUAUUUAUUUAUUUAUUUAUGUAUGUAUUUAUUUACUAUGUGCAUUUGUCUUAUUAUGUUUAUGAAGAGAUUUAGAUCAUUUCCAUUAGAGAGAACCUGUCUUUUACACUGCAACCCUCUUAGAGAACAGCUCAUUCCUCUGACUCUGAGACCACACCCAUUACACAUCAAACAGAUCACUCUUCUUCUGUCUCCUAUUCUAACCAAUUACCAGAAGCCCCACUGAUUUUGACUUUCCAUAUACAGUAAUGUUGGGCUUUAUCAGGGAUAUCAAAGUCAAAUAACAUGUGUUUUUUGUCUGUUAGGAGUUUUGUAUUUCAUUCAUGCUCUUCGAGUCUCAGAGCUACUGACCAACUGUGCUCUGGAAUGGGUUUUCUGUCAUGGAAUUCUAAUGUAAUUCUAAUCUAUUACUGCCUUCAUGCCGCUCGUAAAUUUGGAAGUCCCGACCUCCGAAUAAAGGGUGUUCAUGAGAUCAGUUCGGAAAAUAAACACAGGAGAAUCAUAAAUAAGUUAUUAGAAUUGCUUACUACAUAUAUGUAUGAGCAAGCAGGAAAAUGUCUCGGGUGAGUGUUUCUAUCUGUAUUGUUAAUUUAGUGACAAAUUUCCUUGCCUUUUUGUAAUGACAGUGAAAUUCACCUCUUGUGUUGUUGCCGCCAUGGUUGAGAUCAUGGUAUGAUCGUGACGUAAAGUCCUAUACCUCGGGGCACAGAACUUCCACACGAGUCUCCGAGCAAAAAAUCCAACCUGACUUUGUGUUCAAGUCAUUUUUCCAUUAUCGGAGGUCCGAAUUUCCGAAUAUCCGAUGUGGCAUGAAGGUACUAUAUGGUUCAGACAACUGGAUGUGUCAUGAAAAGUGCUGUGGGAAUAUCAUGUUGUUGUAUCAUGUUACUUGUGUUCAACUACCUACUGC